CCGCCGCCACCGUUGUCGCCGCCGCCGAAGCCUCCCGGCGCAGUCUCCGCCCGGGAGUCGGCUCUUCGCCGGUUCGGGCGCGCUCAUGGUCGGCGCUGCGGACCGGGAGGCCGGCCCGGCGGCUGCGGCGUGCUGAGAGGGCGGCGUGGGGACGAUGCCGACCCCGCGCGUCGGCCCCGGGCCUCGCCGGCUCCUGGCUCCGGCCUUCGUCCUGCUGUUGCUGCAGGCGCUGAGCGGGUCCCGGGCGCUGCUGUCGACGGCGGCCAGGGCUGCGCCGGGAUCCGGGCCUUCCAAGCCGGGGCCGCGCACGCUGUCGCCGCUGUCUCCGGGCCCCACCGCGGCCCAGCCUCCCGGCCACGCUGAGGGUGAAGCCUCCGACCCCCGAGGCGCGGAGAGCCGCAAUGGCAGCAGCCCCGGGGCGGGCUCGGAGGCCGAUGGCCUUGGAGGGAAGGCCGGGGAAGGCUCCCUGGGUGGCAGCCUGGCUGUGAGCCCCAAUCCCGGCGACAAGCCCAUGACCCAGCGGGCCCUGACCGUGUUGGUGGUGGUGAGCGGCGCGGUGCUGGUGUACUUCGUGGUCAGGACCGUCAGGAUGAGAAGAAGAAACCGCAAAACUAGGAGAUACGGAGUUUUGGAUACUAACAUAGAAAACAUGGAAUUGACACCUUUAGAACAAGAUGAUGAGGAUGAUGACAACACAUUGUUUGAUGCCAAUCAUCCUAGGAGAUGAGUAUGUGCCUUUCAUGAGAAGACUUCAUAUUUCUACUGAAGAACAGUUUCUAUGUCUAAGGAAUAAGAAGCCACUCUAUCAAAGGGAGGGGAAUUUAAGUUGCAUACAUUAUGACCACUUUUCAUUUGUUGUUGUGCUAUAAAUACUGAAUCAUUUUGUUAUACCUUUGUAUAUUUGGAACUAUUCUAUUUAUUAUUGGAAUCCAUACUGUUAAGGACAAAGUAUAUUGUUCUUGAUUUCCUGUUUGAACAUUAUUUUAAAUGUUGUUUUCUGAAGAGCUCUUGUCCCUUCCUUUUACCAUAUUACUGUACCUUGGUUUUCUGGAAGUACUAAUCAGUUGUUACUGAUUUUUGUCAGUGUCAUAAUUUAAAGAACUAUAAGCCACAUCUAACUGGUAUGAAAAAUAAAACUUUACUAAAAUGUUUCCCGUUUUUCUGGGGAAAAGCCAAAUUUAUUAUGUUGUUUUUGAAUUUUUGAAUAGUAGUGAUUGUUUGUGCUCUUGUAUGCAAAAGAAUAAAUAUGAUUUAAAAUUA